AUGGGAAACGAAUCGUCGAAAGCGACACAUUCCGGGAAAGGAGUAGCUUCUUCAUUAGGUCCAUCGAACGCUACGAUACAGCGGCAUAUCGAGAAUGCACGAAAAAGCAGAAUCCUACAACUGAAAUCAUGUGGACUGAAGUCCUUUCCACAACCUUUGGAAGAGCUCCAAGAAAUCAUCCGAAAUCUCGAAUUGAGUCAAAACAAGAUCAGAGACCUACCACCAAGUAUUGGGCAUUUUUCUGCUCUGAAACAGUUACACCUGGCUGGAAACGUCAUCAGUGUGCUACCUGAUGAAAUUGGUUUACUUAAAAAUCUGGAGAUUCUCAAUCUUCAAUCGAAUAAACUGUCAACCCUACCUGAAACCAUCAUGGGUUGUUCAUCGCUGAAGACACUCAACAUUUCUGCCAACCGCUUCAGUAAUUUUCCUGUGCCUGUCUGUCAUUUGAUGUCAUUGGAUACGUUGAAUCUUUCGCAGAAUUCGAUCACUGAACUGCCUGAUGAGGUGAGUUUACUCAACGCAUCAGAGUUGAACUUGAACCAAAAUCAACUCAACUUCUUGAAUGCUGAUGUUCUGGUUAGGUGUCAGCACUUGAAGAUUCUUCGAGUAGAAGAAAAUUGUUUGGCGAAGACCGAGUUCACCACUAGUCUACUCUCAGAGUCCUCUGUUAGCAUAAUAUGCUACGCUGGAAAUAUAUUUCAAGAGCGAGAGUUUCAAGACUUGCCGGGAUAUGAAGAGUAUCAGCAGCGUUUCACCGCCACCAGACGGAAGAUGUGA